AUGCAUCCAGCACCGACCGACUGGCUCUCAGCCCAGUGUCCCGCUAGGAACCGCCUUGCCGGAAUCUUCGCGCGCCUACUGACGCAACGCAUAGUCCCCGCCGAAGCCAGCUUGGGUGUCACCACUGCCAUCUUAUCGUCCGUCUUCCCUUCCUACCUCUUCCCCACCCCUGCCAGCCAUUUCCACCACACCGGCCCCCUUCACGAGCGCUUCGGAGCCCAAGAAAAAGACCGUGAACGUCGCCGCCCAGACCGACGUCGCUUCUGUUCCGAAUUCAGUGCACGACUACCAUCGUUGCACAAAACAGCGCAGCUUCAUCUUCGCUCGACACUCUUCCGUUGCUCAAGGGCAUCAAAGCGUCCCUAUCGGCAUCUGCAUCUGGACGUUACCACGGACUCAUUCCUGACCAUUCACCACCCCGCCUCGAGGAUCCUAGCCGCACGUAACCAGGCUCGCACGGCUCAUCCACCCUCUCUCACCUCAUACUUUGCCAACAGUCCCGCCCAAUACACCAUAGACACAAUGGCUGAAGCACCGCUCACGCCCUUCGGACAGGCGCUCGCCGGCGCCCUCGGUGGUGUCUUCUCCAAUGCAGUCAUCUACCCGCUCGACACGGUCAAGACGCGCAUCCAGGCCGGCCAGAGCUCUGCGGUGACGCCGGGCAAGGAGGUCCGCGACCCCAAGGACCCGACCAAGACCAUCGUCACCGUACCCAAGAACGUCGGCAUGAUCAAGGGCAUCUUGCACAUCAUCCACAGCAAGGAGGGUGCGAUGGGCCUGUACAAGGGCUUUGCUGCCAGCAUGGUCAACACCUUCACCACCGGCUUUGCCUACUUUUACUGGUACUCGACCGUACGAACGCUCUACCAGAACCGCCUGGCUAAGCGAAGUGCUAACGGCGUGGCGAUCAUGAGCACGGCUGCCGAGCUUGUGCUCGGUGCCAUCGCCGGUGCGCUCGCGCAGAUCUUCACCAUCCCCGUCGCCGUGAUUGCGACGAGGCAGCAGCUGGCCACCUCCGAGACCGCCAAGGACGGCAAGCCCGUCGACGAGAGCUUCAUGGGUGUCGCCAGGGACAUCCUCAAGGAGGACGGUGUCACGGGCCUCUGGCGCGGCCUCAAGCCUUCGCUCGUGCUCACCGUCAACCCUGCCAUCACCUACGGCGUCUUCGAGCGCGUCAAGACCAUCAUCCUCGCCACCUCGGUGGACGGCAAGAUGACGCCGGGCAAGUCGUUCCUCGUGGGUGCGCUCUCCAAGACGCUCGCCACCGUCGUCACCUUCCCCUACAUCCUCAGCAAGAUCCGUCUGCAGGCCAAGAACACGCGCUACACGAGCGCCAUCGACUGCCUCACCCAGAUCGCCAAGGAGCAGGGCAUUAGCGGCUGGUACCAAGGCAUGCAGGCACAGAUCACCAAGGCCGUGCUUGCACAGGCGCUCCUCUUCUACUUCCGCGACUACUUUGAGGUCUGGACCCGCCAGAUCCUCAAGGUCGCCAAGAAGCCCGUCAAGUAG